GUUGUCCAUGUGGAGUGAGUGCGAAGCAAGGCAUUGCUGUGAGAUCUGCAGAUCUGGGCGAACUUUCAAACCAGUCUAUCACAUCACAAGAAAAGUCAACGGCCUGCAGAGAUGACUUCUUUAGCUCACCAGCUUAAGCGCCUUGCACUCCCUCAGAAUGAUUCCAGUCUGUUCAGUCGGAAAGUGGUUGCCUCCCUUCUCUAUGAUGCCGCAGAAGCUGCAAACAUUGACCGAGAAACAUUCUACGCAUUAGGAUGCACAGGCCUUGAAGAGCUCAUAGGCAUCGACUCUUCUUUUGAACCCUUCGAACACACUUUGUUCAGCCACACUUCGAAAAGCUUGGAGCGCAGUGUCCAGACAAAGGCAGUGAACGAACAGCUGGAUGAAAGCAUUGCCACUUUCCUCAUACACUUGUCCCCAUACUUCAUGCUCAAACCAGCCCAGAAAUGUCUGGAGUGGUUAAUCCACAGAUUUCACAUCCAUCUUUACAAUCAAGAUAGUCUAAUUGGGUGUGUUUUACCAUAUCACGAGACAAGAGUGUUUGUUCGAGUCAUUCAGCUGCUGAACAUUUCAGAUCCAACUCACAAAUGGCAUUGGCUACAUCCAAUCCAGACUCCAGGUGUCCCCCUUGCCAGAAGCACUCUGAUCACACAUUGUCACAAGGACAUGGGCUUUCUGGAAUACAUUUGCAAACUGGUGACCAAAUCUAUAAAGGCAUUUACUGACGAUUCAGGGAAGUCUGGAAAAUUGAGAGUGUUGUUGUCUUUCUAUGUAUCCACGAUCGUGGCUGCUUUGGAUGCAGCAGAAAAGGUUUCUGACUCUCUGGUUGCAAAACUAAUUCCAUAUGUGCAAAAGGGUCUGAAGUCUUCUCUGCUUGCUUACAAAGCUGCCACUUACAUGAUAAUCUGCCAAUUGUCAUUGAAAACCAUGAUGGCUCCGGAACUGGUCAAAGCUCUAGCAUCACAAAUUAGCCGAAGCCUCGUAAAAACUUCUUUCAUGAUCCGUGAAGGCCUAGGCUGUCUGAUUAUCCUGUUGCAAAACCAAGAAUCCAGGGACCUUGGGAAAAAACCAUUUAGAAUGCUUUGCAAAGCCCCCGACCUAGUCCCUGUCCUGAAGGGGAUUGCAGACUCGUAUGAUACCACUCCUCUGUUGGAAUACCUCCUACCAAACUUAGUACGUGGGCUAAUCCCUUCUUCUACAGCAUCUGUAGAGGAAAGCUCAGCAGAGCCCAGUUUUGACGUUUGUAAAGAAAAUCUGGAAGCAAUUCUCCAUGGCAUACCUCUUGAGAAGGAUUUAGAUAAGCUGUUAGCCCGCACCCUCCUUGAUGAAUUUCUCUCCUACGGAGAGAUGCAUCUGUCAGAAUCAGACAAAAUUUCAUCGUUGGGCCAGAGUCUCCUGCCCCUCAUCAGACUCUUGGAAAACAAGUAUCCUGAUUCUCUCGAUUCUGUGUUGGCGAACCGACUGAAAGAUGUUGCUGAGCAGGAGAUGCAAGAUGUAUUUCACCAAUUCAUUUCACUGUCCACCAGUGGUGGUAAAUAUGAGUUACUGGCUGACUCUGACACAUCUCUCCUGCUAAGCUUGAACCAUCCACAGUCUGGUGUGAGGCAGUUGGCUCUUCAACACUUGAAAGAAAUCAUUGCAACAUCUAAGGCAGGGUUUGAUGAGUCCUUUAUACAGGAAGCCAUUAUUGCUCGACUUAUGGAUGAAAACAUUGAAGUUGUCAUGUCUGCCUUGGAUGCCUUCAAGAUUUACAGCACCCAUUUCAACAGAGAUGCCACAAUUUCUAAUCUUUUGCCACUCUUUAAACGCAUCGACCUCUCUCAAGACAAUGAAUGGUACAGAGUUCUUGAAGAGGCAACAGUUCUGCUGGUCCAGGAAACGUCAAUAAAAGAUGAUCCUGCCCUGAGCACUGGAAUGUUAAUGAUCCUGAUGCCAUACUUGGUGUUUACAAACAGUGACACGAACUCUGCUGAACAGAAAAUGGCCCAGUAUCUGGCAAGGAGUGGUAUAUGUGACCUUCUUCCUCUCCUGAAGGGCUGGCCGGAAGUGCUUGAUGACACAGUAAAAAAUGCUAAGCCUGCACAAAUACUUGCUCUGGUAAAUGGCAGUCUGGUCCGACUGUUGUUAAAGAAUAUGACUGCGCUGGAUGCCUCUUCUUGUUUGCAAAUGAUGGAACUCAUGAUACAGGAAGUUGAAAACGAUUCUGACAAGGUGAGGCAGAAGGUAACAUUCCACCUUGUCUCCUGCGCUCUCAUCCAAGCAUGCUGUAGCCAACAGGACCUCAACACCGCUGCUCAGGUUUUCCAGCUACUCGAAAAGAGAAUUAAAAUGAUUGAUGUAUCAGUAUCAACAGAGGAAAUCAACAAAAAAUGGCUUCUGGACACUAUGAGUGAGGAUCAUCUACAAGUACAACUGUUAAGUGAAUACAUAGAAAAACUUAAUGCUGGACACUCUACACUCAAGGAAGAAGCUGUUUUGCAUAUGGUUCUUUUGAGAAGCUUUAUACGCAGUCUCCGGUGUCCAGAUUCCUUUUCUAAAGGUGAAGUUUGGUGGAAUCCCGAGACUAUGGAUAGUCCGAGCAAAAUCUACUUGCAGAUCCUCAUUGGCCUGUUUGAAGUGAUCAUUUGGGGUGCCAGUGAAGGUCCAUAUGCCAUCAACUUUAGAGCUCUCAUGGGUUGCUUAUUUCAGGUACACCUAACAGAUCAUGUGGAACUUUUUAGUUUUCUAUCUGUCUUGUGGACAUACAGCUGUAAUCUCUCCAAACCUUUGGACUGCACAGUAAACGCAAUUCUCCAAACCCGCGCACUGUAUAUUGGUCACAAUUUACUGGCAUCCCAGGCAGCUCAGAAAAAGAGACAAUUUACUUCCAUCUCCUUCCCAGUAACUGUAUCUUUGCUGGUUAACUUGAUGAGCCCUGUGCGAGAGGUUCGCAGGGCAGCCCUCAUCUGUUUACAGGCUCUCUCUCCUGUAAGGGAUUCCCCAUUCAUUCCUGUUCUACAAGGUGUGCUGCAAAAAUCGGAAGAAAUAGUUGCUGAUUCUACGUAUGUGGUUCAGACGUUAGGUUGUGUGUUUGAGGACUUGCAGGCACAGAAACUUUCUGUUGCUUUGGAGAAUCUUCUUAGUCUUCUACAGUCACCCAGCUGCCCGUCCUAUAUUGGGAAAGUAUUGAUGAAGACACUUGGUGAUGUCAAUGGAGAGGUUCUCCUCACGCAGCUCCUGCCUGUGUUGGAAACUUUGUUGGACAUGGUUUCUUCUCCUACAAGACAGAUACUGAAAGAUCAAGCUGUUCUGUUGCACCUCUGCUUGUGCAAGUUUAAUGAGCAUUCUGCCCCACUUCUGGCCAAGAACUCCCAAUGCCUGGAAAUCUUCAUUCGAGCAUUGCAGACCACUCAGACCUCCCAUCCAGGAAUGCCUUCUCCGCAAAUCAUUGCGCUCGGACAAAUCACCAAGUCUUUCUUUGCCGCUCUGGAAGAUGGAAGUGUUCAGCAGAAAAUUCUGGCUGUUCUUUUUGAUCUUCUUUCAAACUGCAAAAAUCCUGUCUGCGGCCAGGCUGUUAACAGUUCAUUUAAAGCAAUUUCAAUAAAUGCAGCCCAUGUCAGCGCAGAGCUUGAACCUCCAGGAAGAGACAAAAGUGUUAGUACUGUCCGUCAAACUAGGAGAAGUAAAAUGCAGCAGCAGCAGCAAAGGAAAUUACAAGCUCCCGAUAACACACCAGAAGAACAAAAUAUCAACUGGCCAAGGACCACUAUUAUACUGGAGCUGCUACAACACAAGAAGAAGAUUAAAGACCCACAGCUCUUAGUGCCAUCACUCUUUUACCUUCUCUCCAGGUGCUUAGAAAUUUCAGCUACUGAACAAGAGAAUUUGGAAUACACUAAGCAGCUGAUCCUCAGCUGUCUGCUUGGCGUCUGUCAAAAGAUUGUAUCUGAUGAGGAAAGAAACCCAAAAGAUGUCCUGGAUGAGGAGAAAUUCAAUGUGGAGUUGAUUGUGCAAUGUGUCCGGACCUCUGACAUGCCACAGACACACCACCAAGCCCUGCUACUCCUUGGAGCUGCUGCUGGAAUCUUCCCUGAUAAAGUCCUGCACAAUAUUAUGCCUAUUUUCACCUUCAUGGGAGCCAAUGUCAUGCGCCUUGAUGACACCUACAGCUUCCAGGUCAUCAGUAAGACUGUGCAAACUGUGAUCCCUGCACUUAUACAGGCAGGUGAGGGAGCAUCUGAAGAGGCCAGGGAAGAUAUGGAACAGGUGGUCGGAAACAUUAUCCAUGUAUUUGUGGAUGCGGUUCCUCAUGUCCCAGAGCACCGGCGGUUACCCAUUUUGUCACAGCUAAUCAACACUGUUGGGCCAAAGAGAUUCCUCUGGAUGCUGCUUGUUUUUGUUUUCCAACAACAUGUUACAAAAACUGUUACUAUGGCAACCAAUGGAGAAAAGGAUGCAGUACUGGAGAGAGAUACCGAGUUCUGGGUAUCUAUCUGCUGCGAAUUUAGUGUCUACGAUCAAAUUGAAAGUUUGAUCCAAUUACUGCAAUUCCUUAGCAAGCUACCAGAAAAUAAAGAUGAAGAUGAGCACGAGAAAAAAACAAGUAAGGCACGGAAGCCAAAAUCCCAGGUUCCUGAAGUGGAUCUCUUUAACAUGGAGACUCACUCUGCUAAGCAGCUUCGACAUUUCAAGUUCCUGUCUGUGUCCUUUAUGGCACAACAUUUAGCUUCACACAGUUUUGUUGGCAAGGUUGUUGAAUGUGAGUUUGCUGAAAAGCUGAAAAAAAUGGAACAGAGGUUACUGGAAGAUGUCCUCCAUUAUAUCCAUUUGAUUGCUGGUUCAGUGGAAAGCAAUGCAGACAAACCCACUGCAAAGUUCUGGCGAGCUCUUCUCAAUAAGUCCUAUGAGAUGUUGGAUAAGGUCAAUGCUUUGCUGCCUACUGAAACAUUUAUCCCAGUUAUACGAGGGCUGAUGUCCAAUCAGUUGCCAUCGGUAAGGCGUAAAGCUAUGGAUCUCUUGAAUAGCAAGUUACAGCACCGAACACAAUGGCAGAGCGAACAGGUUGAAUUGCUACUGGGUCUCAUUCAAGACCUUCUUUCCAUUGUACGUCGCAAACCAAACGUAGAGGAAGAAGAGCAGGCGAUCAACAGACAAACAGCCCUGUACAGCUUGAAGUUGCUGUGCAAAUGCUUUGGCUUUCAGAGGCCAGAGGUGUUUGUUCCAGUACUAAAUGCUGCUGUGGACCUCAUCGCUCCAGAUAGCAAAGAGGAGAGGAAUGUGAUGGGCAGUGCACUUUUGUGCAUUGCUGAAAUCACCAGCACCAUAAAGGCUCUAGCAAUUCCGCAGCUUCCCAGAUUGAUGCCAACACUAUUAACCACGCUAAAGGACAAGAAGGAGCUUCUCAGUAGCGAGAUUCACUUGCUGAGCACAGUGACUGCACUACAGAAAGUAGUUGACACCUUGCCACACUUCCUCAGUCCGUACCUACAGGACUGCUUAAUGCAGGUUGCUCGGCUUGACAGGAUUGCCAGUAAAGUUGGACCAACAUCUCCGCUAUCUGCAAGAGUGACCACACUAAAAACUACUUUCGCGACCAAGCUUCCAGCAAGGGUUGUUCUCCCUGCAGUCAAUAAGUCCUACUGCCAUAUCGCCGACACCCAGCAGCAUAAAUACUUGGGCUCGCUGAUGGAUAUUCUGCGCGAACAUAUUGCCGUAAUGGACAAGCAGCAGCUGACUUCUCACCAGUCGGAGCUCACCACGUUCUUCAUGAAGGCUCUGGAUUACCGCACAGAGCAUAGUCAGGACGAUCUCGAACUCGUGGGCCACACUGAAGGCCAUAUCAUUGACUGUCUAAUCAACAUGGUGAUGAAGCUUUCUGAGGUGACAUUCAGACCACUCUUCUUCAAGCUAUUUGAUUGGUCCAAGACAGAAGGCUGUUCAAAUGACAGGCUAAUAACAUUCUGCCGUUUGUCGGACUGCAUUGCAGACAAGCUGAAGGGACUAUUUACUUUGUUUGCUGGUCAUCUUGUGAAACCAUUUGCUGAAAUUCUAAAUCAAACAAAUGCAGUUAAAACUGAUAAAGCAUUUUUCAAUACAGUCAACAAUGUUGAGAAAAGCGGCUUAAUCCUGGAGUUCGUCUUAAACUGUUUGCACAAAAUCUUCUUGUAUGAUACCCAGCGUUUUGUGAGCAAGGAAAGAGCAGAAGUAUUAAUGAUGCCUCUGGUUGAUCAGCUUGAAAACACACUUGGAGGAGAUGAGAAAUUCCAAGCAAGAGUGAGUGGUUGUCUGGUCCCCUGUAUAGCUCAGUUCUCUGUUGCAAUGGCGGAUGACUCACUGUGGAAACCUCUCAACUAUCAGAUACUUCUGAAGAUGCGCCACUCCUCUCCCAAGGUUCGAUUUGCAGCAUUGCUGGCGUUGGUCGACCUUGUUGAAAAGCUAAGAGAGAACUACAUGGUGCUGCUCCCAGAAACAAUCCCUUUCCUGGCAGAACUCAUGGAAGAUGAAGAGGAAGAGGUAGAACAUCAGUGCCAGAAGACAAUCAAGCAUCUUGAAACUAUUUUGGGAGAAUCACUUCAGAGCUAUUUCUAAGUGAAGAAUAAGACGACGAAAGACAACCUACAACACAAAUUCACACACAAGCUGUUAGAACAUAAUUGAAUAGUUCGUUUUCAUGAUGUUCAUAUGGAAUUUUGUUUAUAUCGAUAUUUUGUACAUUAGACUUGAAGUUUUUCCCCAAUUUCUGUCAGUUAAAUGAAUGCCUGAAAGAAGUGCAGAACUUAAAAUCUCAAUUUAAUAUUUCUUCCCCCCCAAAAGUGGACAGUUUACAAACUCCUCUGUGAAAGUGGGAAUUUUCAGGAAGGUUAUUUCAAAUUUGAAGCAACACUGGAAAAUUCCGCUCAGUUUUUGGUUAAGCCAUUUUGGCCUACAAACUUAAAUUCACUUUGAAGUCCAAACAUUUUCCAGUUUUCGGUAAUAACGGCGCUGGCGUCCAAACAUCCCUGAGGCAUGCAAAAAAAACUAUGGGAUCCUUCAAUGCUUGUGCAGGAAAUCCUGAGUGAGGUUAACCUCAUUUAUAAGUUUGGGAUUAAUAACUAAAUUCCAAUAUCAAGUGAAUUGAAGUCUAAAUCCCCAAAUUAAGGCUGAAAUAGUCAAACAGUGGCUGUCUAACCUGGGAAAUUCUGCAGUCAGCUAUAUUUUUGGCAAAAUGUUGCCAUUAGGAUUUCACCCGAUGUUUGGCUUCACCUGGGAUCUGGGAGUAUUUGCUAGGAAAAGUAGAGCAUCAACCGCACACUUAUACUGUGUGUGUGUAUAGAUGUUACGCUUUACUUUUGAUUCGAAUAUGAAUUUGAAAGAUUAUAAGAUUCAUAGAGAUUUUUUUCGCUCUUUAAACUUUGUACAUGCAUGAUUAUGUGGGUUUUUGUAAAUGAUUGAAUUCCCAUUCUUUAUAGUUUAAAAAGGGCUUUUUCGUACAACAAUUUAAGAUUAGCAGAUAUUAUGAAGAUAUUCUCUAAUUUGUUAUAUUGUAUACCCUGUAUGAAGGAGCUAACAGGAAGGACAUGUGUAUGAAGGGGUUUAACAUGUAAGCAGAUGGCAUCUAAACAAUUAUGGUUUCCCUGAGAGCUUAUGGGAGGGUUCCAAGAAACUCUCUUAAGGAGUACUGAGAUGGUGAUCUAAUCAUUAAACGGUGAUUAAAGGUAACUUGAAAACCGGAUUUGCAAAAUAGUGGAAUAAAUAAAAAAAAAUCC